AUGAAAGUCGAGGACGUUUUGAGGGAAUGGGGGCUUAGGAAAGUGUCUACAAUUACCCUGGAUAACGCAACAGCAAAUGAUGUGGCUGUGAGUUAUUUGGAUAGAAGACUUAAGAGAAAGAAUGCUUUACUGGGUGUAGGUGAUUAUUUGCAUAUGAGGUGUGCUGCCCAUGUCUUGAACUUGGUAGUGAGAGAUGGUGAAAAAGAACAUGAAGGGUCUAUUGAAUCAGUUCGCACUGCUGUUAGGUUUGUAAGGUCUUCUCCACAAAGAGCUAUGAAGUUUAAGGAGUGUGUUGAACUUGCGGGCAUAACUUGUAAAAAAAAACUUUGUCUUGAUGUUUCUACAAGGGGGAAUUCCACUUACCUAAUGUUGGAUGCUGCUGAAAAGUUUGAAGCUGCAUUUGACAAUAUGAUUGAUGAGGAUCCUGGAUACAUCGAAUAUUUUGACCUCCUUACCGGUCCACCCGGUUCUCAGGAUUGGAAAAAAGUUAGGGCUUUUAUGGUUUUUGUUAAAUAUGAUAAGUAUUGGGGGGAUGUGGGAAAAGUGAAUCAUUUUCUUUACUAUGGAGUGAUCUUUGAUCCUAGGUUUAAGUUUAACUAUAUUGAGUGGUCUUUUAAUGAUAUGUAUGGGCAUUCUAGUGACCUUGCCAAGAAAAAUAUUGAAUGUGUCAAAACUAGUUUGUUUAAACUAUAUAAUUGGCAUAAAUCUGAUCAUGAUAAGAAUGUUGGGGCUAGUCCUUUAAGUGCACCAGGGAGCACUUCCCUUGGAGAAGCAUCUUCCCAACCAAAAGAACCAUCACCUUUUACAAGGGCUAAUGCUUUUAAGAAACAUCUGAAGGAAAAAGACACAAUUGAAAAUGAAAAUGAACUAGAGAACAACCUUGGUUCGGGAUGUGUUGGCAACACCUGUUUCUAG